AUGAAGUUCUUCAGCCCUGCUAUAACCGCAACAUUGGCCGGUCUUUUACAACUAGUAACUGCCUCGACCAAAUUUCCGUAUUUUGUAUGCGAUAACGGUCAAUUAUUUAAGAAUUCACUGGUUCAAGAAAAGGCAUUAUUAGCUACUCAGGAGAUAUCAGAUAGAAUUUACCCUCCUGUUCCCAAACGUGAGUGUCGGAAGUCAUUUGCCUUCCAACUCGAAGAUGAGGAACAAGUUUCACAUCGGUACUUAGUUCAAGAAAGUGAGCAAUCACCAACCUACCUCUUGUUCCAGUUGGUUGGCAGAACCUGGAACCCGUGUACACGCUACAGACAGCUGCAGGAGCCGGAGUAG